AUGAGCGUUUUGGCGCAUUAUCGCGAUCGUCUUCGCGGUUGGGGCUCGCAGGACAUGUCCUUCUCGACGCCGCCCCCGCUCUCCUACUCUCCUAGACCGCACUGGGGAGGCCUACAUCACUACAUGGCGCAUGCCAGCGCCGUCGAACCGAAUCCAGAAAUCUAUGAAAUGGCUUUGGAACGCGCCGAGUCGGGCGCCUUAGGUGUAGGCCUCCAUGAAGCCCGGCAUUUUCACCGCCAUGCAUACGGUGGAUUGAUGGAUCUUGCUAGGCUCUCCCCGGCCGAAAUUGGACAUGCCGCAGCCUAUGAAGCCUUCCGUUACCUUCUGCAUCAUGAGCCACUCUACGAGCCUCUGGCCGAUGAAACAGAGCGCGAACGAGAAGUAUUGGUAUCCCUUGCCGUUGCCGAAGCGACUAAACUCUGGAGAGAAGCUCCACGCUUUAAUGACGAAUAUGGCUUGCAGACAGCGUGCUCUUCGGCAGCUGCGACCGCCUCACUUCUCCACUCCCAGAAGUGCGACAUAGGCGAGAUCGGUCCUGAUUAUCUCACCCAACGCAAUGCGUCACGCCCGUACGGAGAUACGUAUGCUGAAGACGACUCUGCGUUAUGUCAACGCGCCGGAGUGGCAGAGCCACCGCGCGGGCGCAUGUAUGGUCGAGAUGGGUACAACGGGUCAGUGUACGGCGGACGAGGUGCGCGUGCACUCUCGGAGGGACCUUCAUACGGUGGUCGAGACUACACAAGUGGCUACGGCACGGGAGGUGCAGGGAUGGGCGGCUUCGGCGUGACUGGCUCGAGAGAUCCGCGCGGAUUGACUUCACCCAUUGGUGGAAUGGACGACCGUUAUCCUGAUGGUUUGGGUGCUGCAUCGACCGGCAUACCGGGUCCCCCGAUGCCUCUUCGCGCGUCUGGACCCUCAGCUGGAAUGAGCGGGGUACCCUACACUGGUGGCGUGGCGAGUUCUUUGUCGGAUGACCCUCGUAUGGCUAGCGAUGCGGGCCGCUCGCCAUACCCAUUCGGAGCUGGAGGGUUCGUGCCCAGCGCCGGAGUCCCAAACAUUGAACGUGCAGAUUCGCCCAUGCUACAGGGUGAAGGAUUGGGUACCAGUCACUAUCAGCAAUCUCUCAGCCAGAGUGGUUAUCCUGGAUCUCAGCUGCCACCUCAGCCCCUGUACGGUGGGGCGCCGCAGAGUAUAUAUGGUGUCGCGGCUCAGCCCACUUAUGCUGGCAAUGGUAUGCCCGGCACGCUGGCUCAUAUGGUGCCUGGUGGGAUGGCUAGUGCGAUGCCUCAAGCAGGCUAUGGUGGGGCAAUCGGUGGCAGUAUUCUCAGAGCGACGCCGGCCCAGCCUGCACCUGGGGGCAUACCGGGUGUGCCGCAAGGACCAUACGUUUCGGGUCCUACGGCUGUAGUCUCGCAAUCGGCAUAUCCUGGUGCACAGGUGUACCCGCCUGGUUCGACGAUCGUCCUACCGUCACGCAAGAGGCGGCAUAGACGGCGUGCUCGCUCGCGCGAUCUCAACGAACGUGAUCGGUACUACCGCGAGAGACGUUACGGAGAUGGAUACGAGUCGUACUGA